AUGAUAUUAUUAAGCGAGGGCAUCAAGCCGUGGACCCAGCCUGGCAGCCAAAUAAAAUUCGACCCGGAAGGUGUCCUUCCAAACACUACAGUCAGGCUUGUACCUGAGGCAUCGGUACAGAAAGAGCAGGAGCGGCUAUCCUACAUCCCCGCUCUCGGCGCCAUGCCUACCACCACUGCGCCCGUUUCUGCACCGCCGCCUGCCGUACCCGUCUCCGCGCCUCCCGUGCCCGUCUCUGCGCCUCCCGUGCCUGUCUCUGCGCCUCCUGUGCCCGUCUCCGCGCCCGUCUCUGCGUCGACAAGUGCUCCGCCGGCCCUAGCGCCUAUCUUGCCUACACCUGUCUUGUCUACGCCCACGGAUCUCAACCAGCAGUUGGUGGAGAUAUUGGACCGGGAUCUCCCGAUUCAGCCCGCUGGAUUUCCAGCGGGCUUGAACUACCCGGUUCAAUAUUACCCGAACGACCCCUUGUAUCCGAUCGCAUUGAGAGCUUUAUGCCUCUAUGAGUCAAACAACAAACCAUGCCGAAUACGCCACUGCAAACUGGUCCAUAGAUGCGAAAACAUCUAUGAGCACGGGUCUUGCUUCACUGACGACAUCAUUCAUCGCAAGGAAGACACAAAUCGCGAGACCAAGGUCGUUGUUCACACUCUGAAGACGUGCCUCUCUGUUAUGAAGAAACAACCUUGCAAAUAUAUGUGUUAUUAG